ACAUGACCAGUGACAAGUUGGAAUCCAUGUUGGAAUCGGUUGUAACAGCCAAUGGGAUGGUUGUUUCAAAAAUAAAAAAAAUUAAAUAAAAAGAAGGAGGUUGCCCGUUGCUCCCCUAGGAGGCAGCAGAACUUCCUCUACCAACACUAGUUCAGUUUCAAUAGUGGCGUGGGUUACGUGUCAGUUAACAAGACGCGGUGUGUAAGCAACGCCGUUUAUAGUUGAUGAAUUAUCUAUAGAAGCUAGUGACAAUAUAAAAAUCGUGCAAGGGAUUUAUAAAUCUUCACUCAAUUUACCACGAGAUAAAUCAUAUAACUUCGUAACAAUGUCAACGAAGGCGAGCAAGAAAACCGUUGUAACUUCGUCGAGCGUAAGUUCGGUGCAAUCUCCGACGCCAAGCACAUCGACGCCCAUAGGCCGGCGACCUGGAAGCCCAUUGAGUCCAACGCGAAUAACGCGUAUGCAAGAAAAGCAAGAUUUGGCAAAUUUAAACGAUCGUUUAGCAUGCUAUAUAGAAAAAGUUCGUCACCUCGAAUCCGAGAACUCGAAAUUAACCAGAGAGGUUCAAACAAGCCAAGAAACCGUCACAAGGGAAGUGACCAACAUCAAAUCCAUGUACGAACAUGAAUUAUCCGACGCGAGAAAACUCCUCGAUGAUACUUCUAGGGAGAGGGCAAAACUCGAAAUUGACACCAAGAGACUCUGGGAUGAUAAUGAGGACCUGAAAAAUAAGCUAGAAAAGAAAACCAAGGACCUACAGAUCGUUGAGAACAAUCUGAUGAUCUAUGAAACUAGGUGUGGGGAUUUACAGACGAAGUUUAAUCAGUCUGCAGCUGAAAGGAAAAAACUUGCAGAGAGAGAACGAGAACUUGAAAAAGAGGUCGAAAGACUUCAGGCAUUGCUCGAUGACGCCAGAAAACAUUUGGAAGAAGAAACUCUGCAGAGAAUCGAUCUGGAGAACAACAUACAGAGCUUGAAGGAAGACAUAAGUUUCAAAGAUCAGGUUUAUCAACAGGAGCUCACCGAGACACGCACCAGACGUCAGGUUGAAAUUUCCGAGAUCGAUGGCCGCCUCGCCGAGCAGUACGAGGCAAAACUGCAACAGUCUUUGCAGGAGCUCCGUGACCAAUACGAGGCUCAAAUGCGCGUUAAUCGCGAUGAGAUCGAGAUGCUCUACGAGAAUAAAAUAAAGAACCUAACUUCUCACGCACAGCGUAACAGUGGAGCGGCUAGUUUAGCGGUCGAAGAAUUACGUCAGACCAGAACUAGGAUCGACGGAUUAAACCAGCGCAUUAGCGAGCUAGAGGCUGCGAAUAACGCGCUCAAUUCUCGCAUGAGGGACAUCGAGAACUUGCGCGAGAAUGAGAGAGUUCGUCACGCCGAAGAACUCGCAAGUCUCGAAGCGGAAUUGUCUAGAAUGCGGGAUGAGAUGGCACAACAGCUUCAGGAAUACCACGAUCUAAUGGACACAAAAGUGGCUCUGGAUCUGGAAAUAGCUGCCUACAGAAAAUUGUUGGAGUCCGAAGAAGCAAGGUUGAACAUCACUCCUAUGCAGUCUCCUGCGACAUCCGUGUCCGGAGGAAGGUCAACCCCAUCUCGAAACACGCCAUUAAGGGGAGGAAAAAGGAAGCGUACGCUGCUGGAAGAGAGCGAGGAGCGAAGCAGCAGCGAUUACAGCGUAUCUGGCAAAGCCAGGGGAGACAUUGAGAUAACUGAUGCAGAUCCACAAGGUCGUUACGUGAAGCUGACAAACAAGGGAUCGAAGGAAAUGGUUUUGAGCGGAUGGCAACUGAUUCGCAAAGCUGGAGCUCUCGAGACCAACUUCAAGUUUCAACGAAGCGCAAAAGUCGAUGCUGGUGCCACGGUCACCGUUUGGUCAGCGGAUAUCGGUGCUUCUCACGAACCACCAUCGAACCUAGUGAUGAAGGGCCAAAAAUGGUUCACAGCUGAUAACAUGACGACAACUUUAUUAAAUAGCGAGGGAGAGGAAUUGGCAUCGUCAGAACGCAAGCGUCAGCAGUUGUCGAGUUCCUUGUCGCGACACAGGGAAAGUAUGGGCUUCCGGCCAUCGGAGGACCUUCACCAUCAACAAAGAAGGUAUCUCUACCCGUAUUAAUGAUCGUGAGGGCGCACAGCUAAGGCGGGUGGCCUAUGGUGAUCCUCAAGGCGAAGAACGAUGCCGUAUAAUGUGAGGGGGGGUUUCUUCGUAGGGUGGUUGUGCUACUACGUGUUUAUCAUAUUAAAUGAAAAAGAGAAAUAAGUUAAUAAAUGAUACAAAACAAAAUAAAAAAAAAAUAUACACAUACAAAUAAUAAGUAAGAUAAUACGAAUCAAACCAGAUAAAUUUUUUUAAUACGAAUGAAGACAUGAAGAGAGAAACAAAAAAAAUAAACAAAUAAUCUUA